AUGAGCGGCAACGAUGAUGGUGUGUCUAUGGUUGCAGGGGAGCGUGUCUAUCUACACAUCUACGACUACGAAACUAAGGAAUUUUCCGGGCUCACCACAUAUCAUGGCCUCGUUCGCAUAUACAACUCGAACACUUGGCCUUCGCGAAUAUUCUGGUGUGUUGUGGUCCUCUCUUGUCUGUCACUUUUCAUGAUUCAUAGUGGCUAUCUCCUACUUGGUUAUCACUCGAAACCAACUCUAUUUCAAAUAAAGACUAUCGUGGCAACAGACGGUAUUUCUUUGCCGGACAUCACUCUCUGUAAUCACAACCCGCUUGAAAUGUCUCAAUUUUCAGGAUACAACAUGAGCACAAAGGUGCGGUCUUAUCUUUUGGCAUCUUUUGAUGACCACGUCGAGUACGAUGAGCUUAACGAGGCACAUCGGGAUUUUGAGGAGUUAUAA